UGUUGGAGUUGCCGCCAAAAUUCACACUUGUUUGUUGUUAAAUUUAUAUGAACAAGAACUGUUUGUUUACCAAACACAACUUAUAAUAUUCAUGUAUUUAGUUUUUUAAUGUGGAUGUGUUGCUGUUCAGAUGUGAGAAUUAUAAUUACUGGAUACAAACAUUAGGAUACAAUGCCAAUAAAAAUUAAAACGUCAUUUUUAUUUAAAAACAGAAAAUCACGAACGCCUAACAAGGAGAAUUUAUCAAAAAACACAUCCCUUAAAAAUGAAGAAGAUGAUUCGCCAUUCACCUCUCCAAAAUCUCUUAAAGAUGAACCAAGGGGUACAAAAAGAAAACAAGAUUUUAGUGAAGAUUCUGACAACACCUCGUCGGGUGAGAAUUCGUCAUUUGAAAGUGAAUUUAAUGAAGAUUCCCUCUCGGAUUCCCCUCCUAUAGAAAACGAAGGAUUGAAACGAAGAGAGGAAAACAUUAAAGCAAGAGAUGCUUAUCUAGCCUCAUUUAUGAAUGAUCCUGAAUUUGCUGAGGCUGUUGAAAAAGUUGGCAUUUUUAAGAAAAAAGAUCCACCAUUACGUAAAUCAAUAAAAAGAAGAAAAACUGAUAAAAAUUUCUAUACGUCUUGUCAAAUUCCUUGUGAAUCGAGAAAAUCUUUGAGACUUCGAUCCAAAGAACCUCAGUUUACUUAUCAAGACCUGCCUGACGAUUCUACUUUUGCAUCACUAAGAAAAAGAAAGAAUUACGAUUCUGAUGAUGAUUUAGCAAAUUUAGAAGAGAUAGUUUAUAAACCUAAAAUUAAAAGAACAUCUUCUCAACGGAAUAGCGGAAUAAUCAAUUUUUUACCUGUUGAAGAUGUGACGGAUUCAAUGCUAAAGAAAAUUGCCAGAAGGGUUGUUGAAAAAGAGUAUUCUAUAGUCAAUGGUACUAGCUGUCACCAAUGUCGCCAAAAGACUACCGAUACCAAAACAUUUUGUAGAUCACAAGGGUGUGGAGGUGUUAAAGGUCAAUUUUGUGGAGUGUGCCUUUCAAACCGUUACGGAGAAGAUGCAGCAGUAGCACUAAAAGAUCCCAAUUGGAUUUGUCCUCCUUGCAGGGGCAUUUGUAAUUGUUCAUUUUGUAGGGCUAGAGCAGGAAAAAGACCUACUGGAAUAUUAGUACCUCAGGCGAUAAAAGCAGGACAUAAGUCAGUCAAAGAAUUUUUAGAUAGCUUGAAAGGAAAAGGAGACUAUGUUGACCCCUUUCGAGAUCCUAAUAAGUUAUUGGGAUUUACCAAAGACCUCCAGUACGCUCAAAUGGGAGGUGGCCACAAAGAGUUUAUAGGCACAUCCUUUAAUUUAACAAAGUUUACAGAAACAAUAGAGUUAUUUAAAAACAAGCUGUUCGAAAAUAACGCAGAGAAUAAAAGUGGAGAUGGUUCUAAUUUAACACAAGAUGAUCCUGAAGCGUUGAUAGGUUUUACAAAGGAUCUAAAUUAUGCUGUCAUGGGAGGCAAUCGAAAAUCGUACAUAGGUUCUCACAGUUUAUCUUAUGAACAUUAAGAAGUCGAAGAAUUAUACAAUAGUGAUAACAGUUAAGUACUACAAACCCAGAAAACAAGAAUGUUGAAGUAUUAUUUUUUAUAUUUUUUUAUGAUCUGAAGUAUUAGUUUAGAAAUCGUUUAUAUAUUUGGAUUGACAAUGUUACUGGUUUGUCAUAAAGAAAAUUGUAUUUAAUACCGAUUAUAUUUCAACCCAUUUUAAAUGUUGAUGUCUAUAAAACUAUCGCAGUUAAUAUAUAGAUACCUUAAUUCUAGUAUCUCACGAUUUUUCAAAAAAUGCGUUUUUGAUAUUAUUAAUCAAUUAUGUUCGAUUAUUUUGGAUUAAUCGAUUAUUUAUUUUUUCGAUUAAUCAAUUAAUUGAUUAUUUUCGAUUAAUUUUGAUCAAUCGAUUAUUUGGCGGGUAUUGGAGAACAGUGGAAUAAGUCAAAAAAGUUAAUUUUUAGACAAUCGCUAUUAAAAUUUCUUGGAUCUUAUUAUGCAGGCAUUUGAAUAUAAGAAGUAGUAUCCGUUUAAAACUUUCUCGCCUUUUUUUGUAUGAAGCAUUCUGAAAUAUUUGUACAAAAAUAUGGAAUAUAUGAGUAGAUUUAAAAUUUUUGAAAAAAAAAGCAUCAUUUUACACUAAACUUUAUUAAAGAAAUAACGCACAUAUACCAUGUUACCCUAUACUUUAUUAAAGAAUAAGUAAACACAUUUGCAGUUUAAGCCAAAAAUAAAAGAAAAUUCUAAGGACGAAUCGAAAAAGAAAAAAGUCAAUGAAAAAACUCUAUAACCACUUGACUAGACCUAUUCUCAAUAGUUUUCUUCUUCGAUACUUUCGUUGAUAUCCUGUAAGGUAUUUGGUUUAUCAUCUUUGAUUUUUAAAUUCUUAUAGAAGUCCUGAAUAGGGGUGGGCAAAAUAAUCGAUUAAUCGAUUAGUCGAUCAUUAUAUAUUUUUUAAAUCGAUAAUCGGUUAUUUUCGAUUAAUCGAUUAUUUUCGAAUAAUCGAUUAUUUUCGAUUAAUCGAUUAUUUUCGAUUAAUCGAUUAUUUUCGAUUCAUCGAUUAUUUCCGAUUAAUCGAUUAUAUCCGAAUAAAUUAUUUUAAAUAAUCGAUUAUUUAUUUUGAUAAUCGCCCAAUGAUUACAUCGAACUCUUGUUCUUGAGUAAAACUUAGUUUCCUAUUUUAAUGCCAAAAAAUGACAGACACAAAAAAAAAUUAUGGAAAAAGCCCGUUGUCCUCCCCUUAUGAGAUGCUUAUGAACGCAAUAGAAAAAUUGAUGUCAUCGUCAUCAGUUGGUUAAAAGUAACAUUAAUAACUUCAGUAUUAACCCUAGAACAAUGUCAACUCACUUAUUGUGACAUAACUGAUACUUAAAAGUUGUCAUAAAAAUCACUAAAAAUGGCCUUUUUCAGUAAAUUUCUUAUUUUACCAGAUAACGUGGGAUACAACUCUUGUUAAAAGCUUGUUAUGACAAAAUAAUUAUUAAAUUAAUAUUUGAAGUAAACAAAUAAAUCUCCGUAUAUGGGCGGUAUAUCAAAGAGGGUGAUUUGUUGAUGUUUUUUAGAUAGUUUAGCUGAUUUCCGACGAGCAACCCGUACACCAAUUUUUUUUGAUGUCUUCAAUAGGGGUGGGCAAAAUAAUCAAUUAUAUAUAUUUUUUAUAUUCGAUUAAUCGAUAAUUUCCGAUUAAUCGAUUAUUUUAAUUAGUCGAUCAUUUUAAUCAAUCGAUUAUUUUCGAUUAAUCGAUUAUUUUCGAUUAAUCGAUUA